GCCAUACCUAACCGGACUCACGUUGCUCAAAUGUGUCAAGCGCACGGGAAUGCUUAGCUUUGUUAAUAAGAUCUAAUUUAAUAUAGUUUCAUUGCGACCAGACGACCUGUUCACGGAAAAAUACAUUCAAGUGGACAAACGCGUGUGGUGUAAAAGAUUCCAACAAAGUGCUUCAUGGAACCGAUUCCUGUUGUUGAUCAUACGAAGACCCCCAUUGACCAAGGUGAUUGGCAGAAUUACUACUGAGGUGUGACCUAAGCAAAGAAAUGCCCGCCGGUGACAGCGGCCCAGAUGUGGAGGAGCCCGUAAUAUCAUCAGCUACAGGAGAAGGAGAAAACAGGAUGUCAUCGGCGCAGCAGGUUAGAGGGGCUCAAUCAACAAGCGUUGGGCUUCACGUGUGCGGAGAAGUGGCGCAGGAAGACGAGGAGAUGACUAGCGGUUCGCACGACCUCGCCUCCCCAGACAAUCACAGCGCCACAGGAUCCACCUCGGCCUCCACAAAGAGCAGUGUGAAUGCAGAUGGGAGUAAAGGUCAGGUCCACAAAGAGAUGAAGAACACAGUCACCGAGAUGAAGAAGAGGCUUCCAUUUGACAAACGCAGUCGUAGCAAAGCCAGCACUGUCGAGGCCUUGCAUUAUGCCCUCAAAUGCGUCAAGCAAGUGCAAGCCAAUAGCGAGUAUUACAAAUUGCUGAUGCGAAAUGGCCAGGAUGAGAAGAGCAAUGCCACCGUUUGUACUCGCGAAGAGCUGGAAAGAGUCACCUCAGAACACACCCUGAAGAACACGGACUCCUUCGUUGUGGUGUUUUCGCUGUCGAGUGGCCGUGUGCUACAUGCGUCCGAGCAGGCCUCCAGUAUCCUGUGCUGCAAGAGGAAGUUCCUGGAGUCUGCCAAGUUUGUGGAGUUGCUCUUCCACCAAGAUGUGAACGUCUUCUACUCUUAUACGGCACAGCCGCAUCUCCCGCCCUGGACCAACUCACACACAGCCGGAGUUUUAUUUGACUCAGCCCAGGUCAAGUCUUUCUUCUGCAGAAUCAGAGGUGGCAAGGAUCGCGAGGGUGAGAUGCGCUACAACCCAUUUCGCGUCACACCUUACCUGCUGAAAGUGCAGGGAACGGGGAGCAGUGGGAAGGAGGAAGAGCUGUGUUGCUUGGCACUGGCCGAACGCAUCAUUUCAGGAUAUGAAGCACCUCGUAUUCCUAUGGACAAGCGCAUCUUCACCACCACCCAUUCACCUGGCUGCGUGUUCCUCGAAGUGGACGACAGGGCAGUGCCAUUGCUAGGAUACCUCCCUCAAGAUCUGAUUGGCACCUCAUUGUUAACCAGCAUUCAUCCAGACGACCGUGCCCUCUUGCUGUCAAUGCAUCGGAAGGUGUUGAAGUACGCGGGUCAGUCACCGUUUGAACACUCGCCGGUUCGAUUGCGCUGUCAGAAUGGAGAUUAUAUCACACUGGACACCAGCUGGUCCAGCUUCAUCAACCCUUGGAGCCGCAAGGUGGCCUUCAUCAUAGGACGCCACAAAGUCAGAACGACUCCACUGAAUGAGGAUGUGUUUGCUGCUCCGAGUAAAGUGGAUUUAACUGUGACCCAUGAAGAAAUCAAAGAUUUGCAAGCCAAGAUCUAUAAACUCUUCUUGCAGCCUGUCCAUAACAACGGUUCCAGUGGUUAUGGCAGUUUAGGAAGUAACGGUUCUCAUGAGCAUUACAUCAGCGUAGCUUCUUCGAGCGACAGCAACGGUAACUUGUGGGAGGACUCACACCGGGAACCCAUGACUCUUCAGCAAAUCUGUGCAGAUGUGAACAGAGUCAGGAAUUGGGGAAAGCAGGCCUAUUUUGAUACCAGCCACAAAAUUACUCUGCUUGGCAAACCCGCCCCAGCACACUUGGUUCCGGUAGCCUCCCAUCCUGAGGUGGGGGAUCCUGAUGAAAGUAGGAAACCAACACACAUUCCCUCCUACCAGCAGAUCAACUGUGUGGACAACAUUAUUAGAUAUUUGGAGAGCUGUACAGGGCCAGCUUUGAAACGGAAAAGCCAAUCUCAUUCCCUUGCCACUUCUUCUUCCUCAUCCUCUACCUCUGAAGAUGACAAGCCUGCCAGAGCCAAUGACACAGCCCAAGCUGCAUCAGAUGUAGCGAUGUUGGAAAGCGAGGUGUCGGUCGGGCCUAGCACCGCAGCUGUUGUUGGAGCUCCUCUAACAGACAUCACCAUGUCCACUAAGGCAAUGAGUGUGGUCUCUGUUACCAGUCAGUGUUCGUACAGCAGCACCAUCGUCCAUGUUCCCCAACCUGAAUCAGAGGCUACGGCGCUAGAGGACGUGCCAAUGGGCAGCGAGCCCACUGAUGCUGCUCCAGCCACAGCCCAUCCGGCACCAAGCCCUGCCACUGAGGAGCGAAGGUUCAUAGGUCUUACCAAGGAGGUGCUUUCAGCUCACACGCAGAAGGAGGAGCAAGAGUAUGUGGACCGAUUUCGCAAUCGCAUUCUGCAGAGCCCCUAUAGUUUCUAUCUCCAGCUGGACAACAGCUCCAUGGCUCACUCACAACACAGAGGUGAAUAUCCACGUCCAAUGAGCGUUGGGGGGCUUAACCGCUCUCGAAGAGUAAAGCCCCGACUUAGGCGGCCCAAACCCGUGGGCUCUUCGGACAGCUAUGCCUCGCCACCCGUACCAUCUCGUCGUGUCCCAGACUCCUCCUGGCCCUCGUCAGAAUCUUCCCAGCCACAGAUGGCAGCGACCUACAAUCAAACAUCUCCACUUCAAGCGCCAUUCUUUCCCAUGUUGGCCCCCAAACCGGCCCCAGAGCAACCGUCAAGACUGCAACAGCUACCGGGAGCCCCUCCUAUGGUGGUCCAGCCCCCUGACCAGACCCAGCUCAAUUAUAAUUUCCAUCUCAUGCAGCAAAACCAGAACAUGCCCGGCAUGCAAAAUAUACAGAUGGAACCCAUCCAGAAUCUGCAGAAUAUCCCCAAUUUUCACAACAUUCAACCCAUGGCGCCAGCCCAGAGUAUCAAUCCCUUCAUGACACCAGUCAUGGCUGUCAUCCUGCCCAACUACCCAACUUUCACGCCAGGUUAUCCAUCCAUUUACCCCCCCUCCGCUGCCUCCAUGCUGCCCCAGGCGCCAAUGACCAUGGCGGGAUUCGCCCCUGGUGUCCCCUUUCCACAACCCCAGUUCCAAGUGCAGCCUGUGCCCCAAGCUCAGACUUCCCCUGGCACCCUGCUCGGCUCACACAGGGCCUGCUCCUCCAUCGGUGAAGAGGAGGAGACGGCAGGCCCGCGCGCAUUAUUCUCCAGCUCACGCUCAAGCUCUCCACUUCAGCUCAACUUGCUGCAGGAGGAACUGCCCAAACCGAAUGAAGGACAGAGCAGCACUGGACACAACCUAGCAGAAAGCAUUCAUGAGCAGGGUGACAAUGAGGGUGAUGCCCCCAGUGAUUCUGGGAACCAUGAUGCUCAGUCCACCUCCAGUGAGCUCCUCGACCUUCUGCUGCAAGAAGAUGCACGGUCAGGGACUGGCUCCAAUGCCUCUGGGUCUGGAUCAGGGGAGUCUGGAGGCUCACUGGGGUCUGGAUCUGGAUCUGGCUCCAAUGGAACCUCUACAUCUCACACUGGCAGCAGCAACAGCAGCAAAUACUUUGCCAGCAACGAUUCCUCAGACACAUCACGCAAAGCCCGCAAGAGCCAGGAAGCGCCAGCAGAGCACCCACGCAGCUUCGACAAUCAGGUGGAGAGCUCGCUGUGGAGCAUGAUCCAGCACACGUCGGAGCAUGUCAUGAUGACAUACCAGAUCCACACGAGGGACCAGAAUGAGGUAUUGGCUGAGGACAGGGAGAAACUGCGAGUGCUUCAGCCUCUCCAGCCAUGGUUCAGCCAAGAUCAGCGUGAGGAGCUGGCCCUGGUCCACCCCUGGAUCCAGCAACACACCAUCCCACAAGAGAUAGACACUCAGGGUUGUGUGACCUGCAACGUCGGUGCGGGAGCGGCCCAUUCGCCUCCGCCCCCAGACCCCGACAGCUCGUCCCCUCUGGAGGUUCUGGAGCCGGACUCAAUUGUGGACACUUGAGAGCUGUGACCCCAAAAUUACCAUCCAUCCUCAACAACUCUCACCGUGCAUCUUGUCUGAUCAGACCAGAUGAUUUAUUCUCUGUCCGUUUGGAUAGUUUGAUUUGAAAAGGGGGCAAGAGCGAUGGGCAUUUCAUUUUACAAGAUAUUUAUGCUCAGUCAGCCGAAAGCGAGUGCGGUCAUGGGACCAUGACUAUUAUACCUCUCUUGGUGUUGUAUUUCAAGUAUUUCCUGCGGCUACUUUGGGCGCAUUUCAAGAUGCCCGCCCCCAUGGUUUCUGCCCCCCACGAACAUGAACCCUGUGCACUCACAAUAGGCCUGUAGGUCAAGUGUGACCAUGUGGCAGGACAAAGACCAUACUGGACCGGUCCAAGUAUC